GUGGAAUGAAAACAAAACUUCUACCAACAAUAAAAGGCAAAUUUAUUGAUUCGAAAUCAAAAAUAAUACGUAAAGUGUUCGCUUCUUGUUAUUGUACAUUAAAGUGAAAUAAAUAAUUCCAAAUGACCAUCGACGAAAAAGAAUGCGCUGAGGUGAUAAUCAAAAAUGACCCCAUACUUAAAGGCAUUGAAUUAAAAAACAUCGGCUUUCUUGAGCCACAACCAGUGAUCGUCAACUGUCCCGCCUGUGAAGCUGAAGCGCUAAGCAUUGUGCAUCUGGAAGCGGUUACAUGUCUGCAACGAUUUCUAAAUGCUACAAAGUUGUGCAAAAAUUGGCAGCAUCGCAACGACAUCAACCACUAUUGCAGUAAAUGUGGCUGUUAUAUUGGCCGCUAUGUGCCGAUAAAUUGCAGCGAACGUUGUAUAUCGCGCAGUGCCCGCAAGAUGGCGGCCAAUGACAGUAUGUCACUAAAGACACGUCCAAAGGAUUGUGCUGAGAAAGUCCAGAAGUCACGUGAGAAAUUUAAAGCGAAACGUGCCGCGAAAAAAGCAGAGAGAGAGGCAGCCGAAUCGCCGAUGACAACAGUGGUUCGUGAAGGAAAGAAAUAACGAAGAAAUAGUUAAUGUGGAGAGAAAUGUAGAAAAAUUCGAAAAUAUUGAAUGAACUAAAUUCAUUAACAUACUACAUUAUUUUAGUUAAGGGUAAUAAAAAUACAUAAUGAACAACAGUUUGGUGUCAAUAUAUUAAAGCCAAAAAAGGGAUUGAGAGCGCCAGAUUUUAAUGUAAUUAUCCGAAAUAUACUGAUAUUGAUUCACUCACCAAUAAAAAUGAUCAAAAUAAUAAAAAAAAAAAACAAUUACUUAAUCGUUACAAUUAUGUGACAGUUAAAACUCAUUAAGUAAACUUUUUGGAGAAACCCCGUUUUUUGCUUAAAGCUUACUAUUUUUUAUGGACCCUUUAAAACAAGACGAUAACGGGGGCAUAAAUUGCCGCAGGCAGCUUUUAUGUAACUGAAAAUAUCAUUAUCUACAAAUUAUAACAAAAAUAUCGGCAGAUAAAAUUCAUUUCUGUAUUAAAUAAGUUUCUGUUGGCAUCGUAAUUGGCUUUUAUAUUGUAGUUAGCUAAAAAAUAUAUAAACGUAUAAUUACUGAUGCCAAGAAUUGGUGGCCGAUAUACAUACAGAGCUCGUAAACAUUAUAGCCGCAACACUC